AUGAAGUUUACCAUAUUGCAGUGGUUGCUGCAAAUGUAAGUCACUCUCUUAUUAAUCUGAAAGUUUAUUAGGGACUUUGAGGGGUGCGUAAUGAGGGGGCACGCCAUGCACCUGCACACGGGAGGGCAUUGCACCCCACUGCCUCCGCCUUGGCGACGGGCCAGUAGCCUACUGUGAGCUGCAGCCAGGAAUACUUGCAGCGACUAGCCCGGUAUGAAACAUCAAACAACACGGCCAACAGGAAGAGCCCUUCCGAUAACUCGUCCUCACCUGGCGCACUGAAUCCAAGUUCCACCUGGAUUAACCGCUGCUAGGUGACACCCUGUGAACCACAGACAGCUGUUUGGACAUCUGGAUUCACCAAGUUGGUGAGAAUGACAAAGAGCGACACUGGAGUGCAGAGCAUCCGAGAAGCGCUGACACGGCACAAUGAAGAAGACGAUGACGAUGAGGAAGAAAAGCUGACAGAAGACAAUGAGCCCAGAGCCUGUGGUGUGUGUGGAGAUCUGGCCAAAGGUUACCACUUCAACGCUCUGACGUGCGAAGGCUGCAAGGGCUUCUUCAGACGUGCCAUAAAGAAGUCAGGGCAGCUCCGCUGUAGGUUCCUGAACAAAUGCAGUAUAACCAAAAACAACAGACGGUCGUGUCCAGCCUGCCGCCUCCGUAAAUGCCAAGCUAUCGGCAUGCGCCAGGAAAUGGUCAUGUCUGAGGAGGAUGUAUUGGAGAGGAGGAUCAGAAUCAAGACAAGGAAAAUGCUUGAAGCACCAGCACAGCUCUCAUCCCAACAAGAGGAAACCAUUCAGGAGCUCCUCCGUGGCCACCGCAACUCUUUUGACUCAGCCUUUUACCGCUUCAGCGGUUUCAGGCCCAUGGAUAGAAACGUUCUCUCUGUGAGUGAGUACAACCAGUCUGAAAACUCCCUCUCCUCCUUUUCCUCCUCCCUCUCGCCCUCCUCCUCCACUCUCUCCGGUUCCUUUGAAAAACAAGAAAACCCAGAGGUCAGAGAAGGCAGCGUUUUCACCGCUCUUCCGCACGUGGCUGACCUCACCACUUACAUGAUACAGGACAUCAUUAGUUUCUCCAAAAGUCUUCGGGACUUCCGAUCUCUAAGCAUCGGAGACCAAAUUUCUCUGCUGAAGGGAGCCACAUUUGAAAUUAUGCAGAUUCGUUUCAACAUGGUGUUCAACGCAAAAACUGGCAUCUGGGAAUGCGGCCAUAUUACGUACUGCAUAGAUGACGCUGUACGAGCGGGUUUCCAACCGCUUCUGUUAGAGCCUCUGCUCAGAUUUCACCACACACUGCGCAAACUGGGCCUGCAGGAGGAGGAGUACGUCCUUGUGCAAGCCAUGUCCCUGUUUUCUCCAGACCGUCCAGGUGUGCAGCAACACAGUGUGAUUGACCAGCUUCAUGAAAACUUGGCGCUGACACUAAAAACCUGGAUUGACUGCAGGAGGACAGGACCAGAGAAACACUUGCUGUACCCCAAAGUGAUGGCCUGUCUCACCGAGAUGAGGACAAUGACCGAGGAGUACAGUAAACAGGUUCUGCAGAUCCAGGACAUCCAGCCAAAUGUUAUCCCACCUCUCAUAAUGGAGAUGGUCAGUAAAAGCCCCUGUAGUGACUUGUAAUACUGACGUCUGCUGUACAUGGACGGGACCAGCUGAAUGUGCUCAUGUACAUAUGUGUCAAAAUCCAAAAGAAUGCAUGUGAUGUCUACAGCAUACACCACACAAAAUCCUGAACAGAUGAAGAUGAUCGUUAAUCCCACUGUCUGAGUCCUGCUGAAAUGUAAACUAUCAUCUGUUCUCCGCACACUACCCACUGUUGUUCUGUUAACUGGGUACAGUACAGGUGGAUUAUGGUGGAUUUGCCAUUUGUGUGUUACUUGUUUAUCUUAUAGUAAGUACAGACUUUGUCUCCACGAAUGAAUGUUGACUUAAAGUUGUGAGGUUUUAUGUUUUUUCUAGAUGUCGCACACAGAACUGUCAGAGACUGUGAAGUAUUUUUUCUCAGAUAAUUUAAAAACCUGUUGCUGCAAAGACAAUAAUGUGUUUUAUAUUUGUUACCUCAAGUUGUGUUUUGUGUUUUGAUGCCAGAAAUGCUCUACACUUAGUGUUAUUAA